AGGAUAAUCAAUCUGCCAGUAAAUGCCCACACCACCAAACAGGAAGGAAUCUUUGGGGGGGUUAUAAAACAGGCACCUCUGAGCUUUUCUGCACUUCUCCUCCCCUUGAGGAUUCAGCAGCAGGCUUACGAAAGGGUUAACGCUUCUGUGACGAGAUCUUCGAGAAUGCUCCUGUUUAGGUUCCUCCUGCUAUCUUUGCUGACAGCCCUGCUGCUUCAGGCUGCUCAGUGCAAAAAGAGCAUCUGCAAAGACAGCUGCUGCACCUUCGUUGAGGGAUUUCCAGUCAGACUGAAAACACUUCGUUCUUCAUACGCCAUGAUCCGAGAGUACUAUGAAUCCAGGGAUGAUCUGGACACCUCACUAUUCAACAGGACAGUUCUUGAACACUUUAAAAGCCCUUAUGGAUGCAGUGUCAUGAACGACGUUCUGCAUUUCUACCUGGAGACCGUGUUACCCAGCGCCAUCAGUGGACACACGAAGAAAGAUAGAUUUAAAACGCCAAUCGACGUCAUUGGAAACUUAUUCCAAGAGCUCAAAAGGGAGCUGGUCCAAUGUAGGAAUUACUUCACAUGCCGGAAACCUUUUGAAAUCUCUAACGUCAAGAACUCAUACAAUCAAAUGGGAGGAAAAGGCAUGUACAAAGCCAUGGGAGAGCUGGACAUGUUGUUCAACUAUAUUGAAGAUUAUGUGGCAUCGCAGAAACGAAAACGCUGAAUGGAUGGCGAGAAGGACCCACUUGAUAAGCCAACGGGACCCCUGUUGGAAUAGUGUGGAAACGAAUGGAAUUUAAAAUUUAUACUCGAUAUAUAAAAUGUCAAUGCACAAAUAUUUAUUACUACUUUAAAAGCUCUGUUUCUGCUGUCCUACCACACUAAAUCAUGUCUUUGUACUUGGCUGUUUUUUGUACAGCCCUAGAAAAGUUCCCGAUGUGUUUAUCUUCCUAGAAGAAGUAAGCUAAGUCAUAUUGACCACAUCCUUUCUAUAAUAUUGUUGCUUUUUGCAAUGAAGUAUAAUGACUGUUUAA